AGUUCCCGUCACCCCCGCGGCAGCAGGUCCCUCUCCGCGCCGCGCCGCGCGCCUCACGGAUCUCGCUACUGCCGGCCACUGCUGAGGAGCCCCUGGCACGGGAAACCUGGGUGUGCCAGGCCCUCAGCUCCGGCCGGGCUGCCCACAGGGCGCCUCGCCCAGACAGGCGUUCCAUGAAGCUUAACACUCAAGCUUGAGGAGGACGAGAGCCCGGCUUCAGGAGCAGUGGAGAAUAUUAAUAGAGGCGGGCCUUGAGGGUGCGUGGGGAGAAGCGCCCGCCACGUUUCCAGGGCGGAAGCGACCCCCUGGACAGCACACGUGUGCCACAGAGAAGGGCUGCCAGGAAGGUCGCUCACUCUUGUGGACUUUAAGGUUCAGGCACGGCAGUCCUCCAUGGCUCCUUACCACAUCCGCAAAUACCAGGAGAGUGACCGCACACAGGUCCUGGACUUGUUCUUCCAUGCACUGGAUGAGUAUGGCCCUGCCUCCUUCCGCCACAUCCUGAAGCUGCCCCGAACCUUGGUGCUCUUGCUUGGGGUGUCCCUCAGCCUCCUCCUGGUCUCUGGCUCCUGGCUGCUGGCCCUCAUAGCCAGCCCCACCCUCCUCACUGCUCUGAGAUUCCUCUGCAAAUACCCCUGGACCAAGUUUACAGCCGACUGUUUGCGCACAGACAUGUCCAACAUCACCAAGACCUACUUGAGUGAGCCCGGCUCCUGCUUCUGGGUGGCUGAGGCUGAGGGGCAGGUGGUGGGCAUCGUCGGGGCGCUGCCUGUCAAGGAGUGCUCCCUGCAUAAGGAGCAGUUGGAGCUGCUUCACCUGUGCGUGGCCUUGGAUCGCCGAGGUCAGGGGAUAGCGAAAGCCCUGGUCAGGACCGUCCUCCAGUUCGCGCGCAACCAGGGCUACAGCCAAGUCGUCCUCACCACCAGUAUGCUGCAGCACUCAGCCUUGGCCCUCUACCAGCGCAUGGGCUUCCAGAAGUUGCAUCAGUUCUCCCCCCUGUGCUGGAGGCUACUUGCUGUUCCUUUGGUUACGUUUGUCUACUGCCUGCCCUCUGCUCAGGCCUCUUGGGAACAUGAGUAGGAAGGUGGCUCACGAUCCUUUUCCUGGUGGCUUAGGAGAGGGCCGGCUCUACUGAGGUAGCAAGCAAACCCCAAAGUCUCAGUGUGAUGGCACAGUGAGAGCUUAUUGUUCCUUCCUUGGGAACCAGGGGGAUGGUGGUGGGUGGCUCUGUUCCUUUCUGUCUUUUGGGGUGGCUGCUGUUUGAUUUAUCUAGCUCCACGGGAAGGCUGCAUUAAAACAAAUGAAUAAAACAAAUACA